AUGGUGGCUAACGUUGUCAGAUCUCUCAUCUUGCUGUUGACAUCCCUGGUCUGUGCUACGUGGGCGACAGUAGACACCAAAUUGACAGGAACAUGGACGUCGAAAUCUCGCCAAGUUGUUACUGGCCCGGGAUUCUACGACCCGGUUGCAGAUGAAUUCAAAGAACCGCCUUUGACAGGCAUAUCAUAUUCGUUUAGUGACGAUGGGCACUAUGAAGAAGCAUACUAUCGUGCAGUUUCUGACCCGUCCAACCCUGAAUGCGCCUCGGGAAUAAUGCAGUGGCAGCAUGGAACCUACUUAGUUCAACCCAACGGCUCUCUCGUGUUGACGCCGAUUGCCGUGGACGGCCGUCAGUUGCUAUCGAACCCAUGUGAUGGCCACACCGCAAUGUACAGUCGCUAUAACCAGACUGAAAUGUUCAAGACCUAUCGAGCAUCUGUCGACAGGUUCCACAACGUGUUACGACUGGACUUGGUUCACUUUGAUGGAUCGCCCAUGCAGCCGCUGUACAUCCUCUAUCAACCCCCUGAGAUGUUACCGACCUCGAAAUUGAAUGCCGGAAGCAAGAAAGCUUUUAAAAAGGCCAAGAGAGACGUGUUGAUUGACGAUACGCUGAGCGCAAAUAGCCUACUGAGACAAAUCGACCCCGCAAUCCUCAAUGCAAGAUAUUGGUGGUGGUUCGGAGUCGUCAUGACAUCCUUUGGGGGCCUGGCUUUGCUAUGUUCCUGA